UCCUAAAAGUUCAUUCAUUAACCUUAUAACAUUAUUUCAUUCCGAUUCUGUUCUCGCAUCCGGUCUCCUUUUCCAAGAGACCGAAGUGAGUCCAUUGGAUUCAUCUCGCAAGCAACUUAGUCGCAAUUCUCCUCCGCCCAACUUCUCUACGACCCUAUCCCCCACACCAUGCGACCACUUACUGCGUACGAAGCUGCCCAUGCUCACUCCUCGAAUAAGGCACAGUCGAACCUACGUCUACGCCCUCGCAGGCGCUCGCUCAUAGGUCGUUCACGAGCGAUGACAGUAGGUUCACUCCGUCAGCGCUCAGAUGACGAAGGAGAUGAACAAUUAAUUAUCUCAAUAAGAGAUCGCGCUUCAGUCAAUAGUCAAACUGGCGCACCUUUACAAACAAACGGCCAGGCGCUGCAAGAGUAUCUCAUGGUUUUAGCGCCGCAACGCCUUCUUUAUGAGAUCCAGAUGGCCUCAGGAUGGGACCAAGGAUUCCCACCGGAGGAGCUUGUAGGACUGAUGCGAACAUCAACUGGUAAAGGAUGGCAUACACCAAGGUUUUGUAGUUAUCCACAGGAUUUGGUGCUUCGUUUUUCGUGUGGAAAAUCAAGGAUCCGGAAAAUUCAAAUUUUAUCACACCAAUACAAAAUUGCUAGCAGGCUGGAUUUUUGGAUGGGCUCCAGAAAAGGCGCUCAAUCCAUAAAUACAGGUGAUAAUGGGACUCAGCCGAAUGAUGAAACGCAUAGAGAGCUAGAUUCGGUUGAUAGGGAGCGUAGCAACGCCUUGGACGAAGUGGAGGAUGGUUUGGAUCUUGCUCCACAGAUGGAGGUUAGAAAGAAGAGUCUACCCGUACUGCAAUUUCAAAAACUUGGCUCCAUUUCCUUUGACAGUAACACGGAAUCAAAUUACUCUAAGCGAGAGCUUAAAUCGAUCAAUGUUGAUGUUGAAGGCGAGUACUUGCGUGUUGUCAUUCGUCAGUGCCACGUGAACCCCUUGAACAUUUAUCAUCAGGUCGCAAUACUGGCAUUGAAUGUACUUGGCGAACCACUCGAGGACGAGCUUCAUGGAGAAUCGGAGCGACUACAUUUUGACGACUGUGAGGUAGUGAAUGGACCUGGUCACGGACUUUCAGAGCCAUCCACCGCCUACUCCCUGAAUCAGAUAACGGAAAUACCUGAAGUGCCCAACCUGUCGGAAGCAGUGAAUGGAUUGACUAUAGUGGAGAUUCAAAAUCAACCCCAGAUUUAUUUGGAUCAAGACGUGCAGAGGCUGUUGUUUGGAUUUGUCAAAGCGAAGCAAGACGCAGUAAAAGUGGAAGAUUUUGCAUCAGCGAAGCUCUAUAAGGCUGGACAUGACAAACUGCUAAAGUUUGCGGAUGAAAUUCAGGCCCUAGAUAUUGAAAAGCAAAGAGCGGCGGAUAAUGAUGAGUUCGAUUUGGCGCAAGAGCUAAAGGCCAAAGUUGCAGAGGUAAAAGCGAGGAUGAAUAAGUAUAUGUCUUUAAGUGGGUUCCACAUCAUUUCGAAUGAGGAUAGCUCUAUCGUUUCGUUGACUGCUCCGGAGGUAAUCGAGGAUGAACAACAUAGCGACAAGUCGAAUAGCACUUCUAGGGUUAUGUCAACGUACGAUUUAUAUAAAUCAAUAGAUAUGCGUAACGCGUCCGGUAGCAGCAUAGAAAUCCAUGGGCAGCAAAUCUCAGUGGACCGCAGACGUAUCCCUCCUGCUGCGACACUCAAUCGCACAUUCUCAGCGGCCAGUGACAGCUCUGAUGCGGAAAAAGUGCAACGAGGAUCAUACUCAGUAAAAUCACCGGCAUCACUCUUAAAGGCACGCUCGCGAUCUUCUGAAACUCAAAAGGAAUACAUUGAAACAACUUCUUCAGCAUUUUCGUCUAUAUACAGCGUUACACCAUUGUUUAAAGGAAACCCUAAAGACCAGCAAUUAAAUAGCUUGGGUAUUGCGGACGACAAUUCAGAUGGCUUAAAUACUCAAGCUUUCACUGGAUAUGAAGAGAUCAACAGCAUCCAGUUGAAUGAGCUGACAGAGCAAGAACAAGUGAGCUUUGCUGCGUCAUUGGAAGCCUUCCCUAGAAAAGUUAUAUCCUGUCUCCUUAAUCGGGAGCUACAGCUGCGACUCUACGCUAUCGAGUAUGUGAAAGAGCAUUUAGAGAACGAGAAUGCCUCCGAGGACACUGAUCAUAGCAACGAUUGGAUAAUGCUUGCACGUGCGGCCUUCCAAGUUAUCUCAAUUGUAUUGUCAGACACGCGCGAGAAAGUUGUCACUCUUGCAUUGGCACUUCUUGAUCAGACCGUUAAGUUUUCUUUGCAAAAUGAGGUUCCAAGUUCUGUAGCCUAUCGGUCUUUGGAGCCCAUAUUUUCCCAAUUGCUCGUGAAAGCAUCUGAUCUCAACACGCGUGUUGUUCAAGGCACCCUCGACCGAAUUGUGAUGCUUUGCAACUCCUUCAGAUCCAGUCCCUACGCAAUCUUGCCGUUAGUCUUCAAGCCAGCUAAAAGUACAGUGCUCUACCGCCAGGCGCGGUCUAGAAUUGAAAUCGUAGUUAGGCUGGUGGAUGAAUUUGGCGUGUUUGACAGAAAAGAAAGCAAAGGAACCCCCGGUGGCCUAAACUUUGAGAAUAUUACAGAGUUUGCCAUCCCAUAUCUCAGCCAUACGAAUGGCGAGGUACGUAUUGCGGCACGGAAACUGAUCAUUGAUGUGUGCAAGUUCCUGGCCAAGACAAGAGUGGAGCAGUUCCUGCCUGGCGUGAAGCCAUUGAUCAUCGAGAGCAUCCAAAAAGAGUUGAUUCCAAAAUUUGCAAAGAAAGUCCCAUUGGCGCCAUUGUCUUCUCAAUCUCGGCCGGCGGCGCAAAGCACGAGUACGACGCAAGUGAGCUCGCGAUUACCAAUGAGCACAUCGACCCCUACAUCAGGAACGAAUAAACGGCGUCAGGCACCUGUAUCAAUAGGAGUAAAUCUUCAUAUGGAUUCACUGAAGAGCCUCUUGGUAGAGCCAGGCUCUCCUGGCUUGGCAAGAACUAGCCGCCAAUCUUCAAGGCAAAGAUCAGACGCAGCAAUGGCUCACCAAGCACGUUUGAAGAUGCCUCUAAAAUCAUCCGCUAAAGCCCAACACGCAGUUUAUACAGGUGUUCCACGGUUAGUUAUUAAGAAACAAGCUACACUUUCGCCAGAUGAUGAAAACGAUUCGACAGCAUCAGAGGACAUCAAACCUCUAGCUUCCCGGGCAACGCCCAUAUCAUAUAAGGCGACUACCAGGCCUUUACAGUCUAGAUCCAAGUCAGGGUCAUCCUUGUCGACCAGGGAGCCUAGACAUGGUAUAAAGUCAGAGAACUUAUCAGGUAGCGAUACACAAAAAGGUCCAGAAGAUGUAUCACGAUCUGUCAAGGACCGCUUCUGUGUAUUCUGCGAUGAACACAAUAAUGCGUUCACAGACGAAGGAUUGAUAGCGCACUAUUGGAAUGACUGCGCCAUGUUGGCUAACUGUGCUCAUUGCAAGAUCAUAAUUGAGAUCCCUACAUUGGCCGACCACAUGCUCAAUGAAUGUUCUAAACGCAAAUUUGUGAAGCAAUGUGAGACUUGCAAGGAAAUCAUGGCAGCAGACACUUUUCUCGCUCAUGUUGCGGCCGGCUGCUUCGCGGUCCCGGAAGCUACUACGAGGUGUCCACUUUGUCUGCUGAUUUUACCUUCGAAUGAUGAGAUCGACUGGAAAGAACACCUUUUGACUGGCCAGGGGUGCCCCAAGAGUAAGAAAUCCCCAAAGAACCAAAAGCCAAGUGCUCCCCUCUUGAGAAGAACAACCAGCAUACUUCCUCCUGUCAAUACAUCGUCUGCGCGACGGUAUACAGCAUCAACGGCGCCGAUAGCGCUUACUGCUUCACCAACCUCCCCUCUUUCAUCCUCAUCUUUGUCCUCUACUCGCAUCAAUUCUACAAGUAGCAGAUAUCGAGGCAAUACGGUCUCUGCAGCCGAGUCACCAGCAUCCUCAGUGGCAUCCUUUGUAAUGGAAGGUACCAAAGCAUCGAUCCCACAAUGCAACGCUUCAUCUGUGCCUUAUCACAUUCAACGCGCACCUCUGCAGUUACAACAAGGAUAUUUGAGUGGUAUUCAUCAAAACCAGCCUCAUCAAGAAUCCAUCCAUCCGCUGGACCCUAUACCUGGUCAAACAAAUCCUGAUCUAACGACAUUUCUCACUUCGCCGCCUCUUGGAGCGCAAAGCUUACAUCAAUCAGGCAGUGCCUAUAGCAAUAGCGGGAGUAAUAAUAGUCGGAUUCCAAAGCUGGGGAUCUUUCGAUCAGCCUCUUCUAACUCUGUGUCAAGCAUGGCCUGGAAAUAAGCAAUAAUUAAUGAAGUGCAAACUCAAACAUGAUUAGUUUAUAGUAAUAAUGAUGAAUGCUAAGAAUAUCUUUCUUGAAAAUGAAACGCAGAAUAAAGAACCUCAUAUUCCAAG